AGCAGCCGCUCCAGCCCUGCCGAAGUUUCACUUUUUGUCUGUGGGUUCGCUCCUGGGCCCCACGAGAGCUUUCCCGGGAUAAGUAGCUUUAGCGAGCGGGCAGACCCAGGCGCUGCAAGCUGGUAACCUUGAAGAUCAGAGACAGAAGUGGAAAAGGAAUCUAGUUAGCUGUUUCUCGGUCUUGUGCUGUUUCCAUUGUUCCACUGUACACUCAACAGAGGGAAGAUAUUUUUCCUCAACUGCUUGAAGAUACAAGGAGGGGUGAAUCGGAAGCUGGGAGUGUAACUCUAGACAGCUCAGAACGAGUCCAGUGGCUGAGAGUUCUGGGUUCCCUCCCACCUGUAGCCCUCUGCGACACGAUUGCUGUAGCGGGCCGCCUUUUCCUUGGAUCCUUGGUGGUUGGAGCUUCGGCGUGGCUAUCACUUCUUCCAAGACAGUGCCAUUUCAUUGGGUUGAACUGUGUGUCUACUGCCCUUUCUUAAGAGCAAGCUACCUGAGACUGCUCUUAACAUCCAUGCCUCCGUUUCUUCCAAAGAAUUGCUAAAGCUUUCAACAAUGUCUUAUCCAACUUGGCUGCCACCCAAAAGCACUGGUGAGCCCCUUGGCCAUGUUCCUGCGAGGAUGGAGACCACCCAUUCUUUUGGGACUCCCAGUAUUUCGGUGUCUACACAACAGCCACCCAAGAAGUUUGCACCAGUAGUUGCUCCAAAGCCCAAGUACAACCCAUAUAAGCACCCUGGAGCUGAGGGUGACUUCCUCCCACCACCUCCUCCACCUCUGGAGGAUUCCAGCACUCUUCCACCUGGCUCUGGAAACUUUCCUCCUCCACCGCCCCUCGAUGAAGGUGUUUUCAAAGUGCAGGGAAAUCCUGGAGGGAAGACCCUUGAGGAGAGACGCUCUAGCCUGGAUGCUGAGAUUAACUCUUUGACCAGUAUCUUAGCUGACCUGGAGUCUACUUCUCCCUACAAGCCUCGGGCUCCACAGGGCUGUGCUAGUUCAACAGCUUCUCCUCCAGUCGCCACCCCUGUCACAGGACAUAAAAGAAUGGUCAUCCCCAACCAGCCCCCUCUCACGGCAACCAAAAAGUCUACAGCAAAACCUCAGGCUGCACCCCAGGCUGGGCCCAUCCCUGUGGCCCCCAUUGGGACUCUCAAGCCGCAGCCUCAGCCAGUCCCAGCCUCCUAUACCACAGCAUCCACCCCUUCAAGACCUACCUUCAAUGUGCAAGUGAAGUCAGCCCAGCCCAGCCCUCACUACACGGCUGGCCCUUCAUCAGGACAGAUUUAUGGCCCUGGGCCCCAUGGCUAUAACACUCAGCCAGUGCCUGUCUCUGGGCAGUGUCCACCUCCUCCAACCCGAGGAGGCACAGAUUAUACGUAUGUUCCACCACCAGGACUUCAGCCCGAGCCUGCGUAUGGUUAUGCCUCCAACCAAGGACGCUAUUAUGAUCCUUAUUAUGCCACAGGGCCAGGGUAUGGGGGCAGAAAUGACUCUGAUCCUGCCUAUGGUCAACAAGGUCACCCAAAUACCUGGAAGCGAGAACCAGGAUACACUCCUCCUGUGGCCGGGAACCAGAACCCUACUGGCAUGUAUGCAACCACUGGUCCCAAGAAGACCUACAUCACUGACCCUGUUGCAGCUCCCUGUGCUCCACCAGUGCAGUCGAAGGGUGGACACACAGGGCCUAUGGGGCCUCAAUCUUUUCCUUCUUCUUUCCGCCCAGAAGAUGAGCUGGAGCACCUGACCAAAAAGAUGCUGUAUGACAUGGAAAAUCCCCCUGCUGAUGAAUAUUUUGGCCGCUGUGCUCGCUGUGGGGAAAAUGUUGUUGGGGAAGGCACAGGAUGCACUGCCAUGGAUCAGGUCUUCCACGUGGACUGUUUUACCUGCAUCAUCUGCAACAACAAGCUCCGAGGGCAGCCUUUCUAUGCUGUGGAGAAGAAGGCCUACUGCGAGCCCUGCUACAUUAAUACUCUGGAGCAGUGCAACGUGUGCUCCAAGCCCAUCAUGGAGCGGAUUCUCCGCGCCACCGGAAAGGCCUAUCAUCCUCACUGCUUCACCUGCGUGAUGUGCCACCGCAGCCUGGAUGGCAUCCCUUUCACCGUGGACGCCGGUGGCCUCAUUCACUGCAUCGAGGACUUCCACAAGAAAUUUGCCCCCCGCUGUUCUGUGUGCAAGGAGCCUAUCAUGCCAGCCCCUGGCCAGGAGGAGACUGUUCGCAUUGUGGCUCUGGAUCGUGACUUCCAUGUGCACUGCUACCGCUGUGAGGAUUGUGGUGGUCUCCUUUCAGAAGGAGAUAACCAAGGCUGCUACCCAUUGGAUGGACACAUCCUCUGCAAGCCCUGCAACUCUGCCCGCAUCAGGGUGCUGACUGCCAAGGCGAGCACUGACCUUUAGAUACAGUAGCUUGAUGAGCUACUUAGUGCAUGUGGCACUGAGAAGAAUGAAACACAAGAAAUAGCUAGGAAAAGCAAUAGGAAAAUAGAGCGGAGGCAGUCAAGCUAUGGGAUGGUCUGUGUGCUUCAUCUGCUGUUAACCUUCCUGCAGAAUCUCACGGCUUAUGAGAUUGUAUUUCUAGUUCUUACCGAAUAUGCGUUUCACAUUUAAUCACGCAGGGCCCUGCUGGGCCUUUGUUCCGAAGACUUCCACAUUUUUGCAGAUUAUGCUCCAUCCCAUUCACUUCUGCAUUCCUGUAACUUUUAAUCCCUAUGUUUGUCUCACUUUUCAUCUGGUUGAAUAGCUUUUUUUAGUGUGGUAUUUGCUGUCCCACGGCUUUUCCUGCGCGAGUCUGCCAGCCCACAGGUGCUGGUAGGCUUCAAGUCACCAUCCUCUCCCUUCCGUGCUGCCUGCAACUAUAAAUGUCAGCCAUUCUUUUGCUGUGUAUUGAAAAACGUGUUUCUCUGUUGCUCUAUACCACUCUUAUCCUUUGGAGAAAACAGUGCACAAUUUCUAUGUUAUGCUCUAAAAACUUCAAAUUGUAAAAUGCAUAAAUUAAAAGCAGCCCAAAUUUGACAUGCAACCAACCAACUUCAGAAUCUGUACUGAUCGGUGGUCAAGAAUCAUUUGAAAAUAGUUACCAGCUAAUAGCUAAGUGGUAAAAGACAAUCAACCUUCCAUUUUUUGUCAGAGAAAUUAUAAGUGGGAUACACUUGAUAUGCUCUUGGGGGCUAUGUUUGAAAAUCCCAUUACUAUUCUACAGUACUACCCUAAGAUUUUCCUUUUCCACACUACCUAGACAUAAUAUGGGCAAAUUUGCUUUUGUAACCUUUUCAAUACUGUGCUACUUUUCAUCUUGUAAAUAUUGUGAUGUUUUUCCCUAAUAUACAAACACAACUACUAACACUGACUUUGUCUCUGAAGGAAGAUGCUGAUAAAAACAGUUCACAUUUCUUUCUUUUCUUUUUUUGAAUCUUCCUGGUCCACAAUUUUUGACUAACAACUGUAAAUCAGAGACACAAAAUGAAGUUGUGUUGCUUUAUUUCAUUUACUUUAAAAAUAGAGGAAGGCUUGAAAAGAUUGUGAAACCAGUUUUAUUAUUCUUAUAAUCCUUCUGCAACUUGAAUUACAUAUUGCGGGAAACAUUUUCAUAUCAUCAAUAUGACAUUUACACCACACUUGCAAAGACAAUCACAGAACAAAGUUGUCUUUCUGAGCUAAAAAUAUGCAGAAUCUCUGCCUAGAAUCUUUAUUCAAACUCUUAUUAGCCAGUGUAACACUUGCUUACCAACUGUAGAACCAUAUUUAUUAAGUUCUAGCAUGUCUCAUUGGAGGAAAGACACCGAGCUUAGCAAUGGCAAUUUGCCAUUUUGUAAACUAAUUAGGUAUUUUGGCAUAAAAUUUUUGAAACCUUUCUUCAAAUCUUCCCCAAGUAUAUACUUUUAAAUUAUGGAGUAUUUUAAAUAUAUGGGAAAGUAUAAAUAAUAAUAUAAUGAAACUCUAUAUACAUAAACACCAGUCAGAACUCAAAUAUAACAAAUAUAGUCACAUUUCCUUAUACACCCUUCCCUUAUUCCACAAAUGUCUUUUUCACAACUAUGAAGUGCUAGUUUUCUCAUCUGAAUUUAUUUUUUAAUUUAAAAUUUUAACAUCCAGAACCAAAAUGAAAAAUUUUCUGUGCAUGUUUUAAAUUGCAACCCAGUCCUCAGGAAUUUCAGCUAAAUUUAUUUUACUUGGAUAAGAAGCAUGAUAAAUGUGAUUUUUUUUUAAAUGAGAAAUUCUUAAACUUGUGAUCACUGCAGCUCAUUUAAGUUAUUCUAGGGCUCACUGGCUUUCGUCAUUUAAGAGUUUUGUGUUAGAACCACCGAAGACCUAAGUUGUAUGAGUGUCCUUUGACCAUUGUUCUGUUCUUACUGGUUUCUCUUAUCUUUGAUUAUAUUUAUCACAGUGUGAAAUAUAAUAAGAUUCACUUAGCAGCAUGUGAGUUUUAGGAUACAAUGGCAGCUGGGAGCUGUGUCUCUGAAUUUCUGCCCUCUGAAGUUAAGGCGAGACCAUGCUGAUGACAAUGGGGGUGGUAAUAUACUCUGCUUGAUUUGAUUCAUUAACAUGUUUACUAUUAAAUACUUAGGGGAAAUUGUCUAGAGACCAAACGCAAAGAGUCCAGCUUAUUGAGGGAUAGGUUUUAUGCCUAGAAGUAGUCAUGUACUACAUUUUGCCAAAAGAAGAAUCUAUGAGAUAAUGACACCAUAAGAAUGCAAUAAUGUCCCAUUUAUUGGUUGCAUUUAAGGCCUUAUGUAACUGAAUGUUUACAUGCCAAAAGUGAAAGUUUGAAGAAAACGCUGGCAUAGGCCUAUCAUUGUGGCAUUGCCAGCAGAAUUCUGCUUGCUUACAAUCUUUAUAAUGCAUUCUUAUCACAUAACCUCAGAGUAUCUUUACCAAAGAUUUUUAAAGUAAAUCUCUUUUUAAUAUAAACUUAUACUUUUAUAAUAAUGAAUGUGCACACAUAAUACAGAAAUAUUUAGAUUUAGAUAUUUUUUCUUUCACAAGGUCUACUAAGGAAAGGAUCCUACCAUAUUUUAUUCUAGGAUUUCUUAAAUGUAUGAUUUAUUUGCUAUUAUUGUCUUUUACUACUAAUCAUUUGAUUCAAAUAAUGCCAAGUCACCCUUUACUGUUUUAGUUACAUGAAAUUUUGUCUAUAACAGAGAUAAAAAGAUCAUAUUACCCUAAAGAUUAUAUACUCGCAUUGUUUUUGAUAUAUUUUUAUUGUUAUAAUUUAAAUACUUAAAAACAGAAAAAAAUCAAAGUCCCUAACAAAAAUUUUGUACAAAUCUACCUGUUUUUACAAAAUUAUUAAAAAACACAACUAUUUGGUAUUUCUGUGUAACAUGGGAGACACAGAAAAGGAAAAAAUCCACUAAGUCAUAAGCUCUGCAGACUAUUUCAAAAUGAGAUUUUUUUUCAGUGGUGAUCAAACUCAGAGCUUCAUGCAUGCUAGGCAAGCCCUCUACCACUGAGCUAUACCCCUAGCCCAAAAUAAGAUUUCUUCUUUGCAUGGAUCCCCACAUCAUUCUGAGUCAGUGUAGUUUGAUUGGCAAACAAAACUGCCUUUGAGACACAAAUAUAAGUUCCAUGUCCUAAUAUAAGGCAUCAGAGGUGUUAGAAGCUGACAUCUCUGCAGCUCUGGGAUAUGGGUUAUUUUCUCCUCCUCCUCCUCCUUCUUCUCUCCUUCUUCUUUUCUUCUUCUCCUUCUCCUUCUCCUCCUUCUCCUUCUCCUUCUUCUCCUUCCUCUUCCUCUUCCUCUUCUUCUUAUCAGCAAGAUUGUUGGAGCGAUUUCUCUGCUCAAAAUGACUUAUGAGUCUAUGCUGAUUAAUGAGGUAAACUUAUCAACACUAAUUGUUUUCUAUGAAAUAUUCUGCAAAGAUAUUUAUGGUAAUGUUUAAAGAAUAUAAAACUUUACAUUUAAACAACUAUUGAACAUCUAGGGUCCAGAGGACAAAAGAGAGUGCAUUUUCAAUGCGUCUGUAGAAGAGAAACAGGACUCGGAAAACACAACUUUCCACCGUUUUCCUACUUAGUAAAAAUCCUAUUAAUGUGAACCAGCCAGGAAUAACAGUGUUACUUCUAUUUGAUGUGGUUCAGGCUUCUCUUGUCAAAUCUGCGUCAGCUGCCCCCUGAUCCUUCCAUUAUCAAGUUUUGAAGGGUGUUGGGAAAAUUAUGGCAGCUGCUAGGGAAAUCAGGGAAACACUGAUGUAACCUCACAGCCUCUCACCAUUCCACUUGGCUUGGAAAGGCAUUUUUUCCAUAUACACUUCUAGAAAUAUUGCUAUUCUACCUUAGUAUUUCACAUUUGUAGUUUAAACAAGUGAUUGUCCAUCUGUUGCCUAGAGCUACAGUACAUGUGUGUUAUGAAUGAAAUAUGACAGCAUGUUCUAUACCCUUGCUUGAGCCAUCUGUAGGAAACCAGCAAACUGAAAAAGAUAUACCUCUGCAAAAUGUGCCUCAAGUCCAUUUCCUAAGAUGGCUCUUUUGGUGUGCCUCCAUGACACACAAUUCGAAAGAAGCCCAUCAUUGUGCCUUCGACAGAAUAUUCUGCCAAACACUCAAUAAUGGAAGCAAUAACCCCCAAAUCUCAAUGAUUUACCCAUCAAAAAGUCAAAAAACAAAACCUAAAUCCAGAGAAGUCUAAAUUUUUAUCUUAAUGUUUUCUAAUAGUAUUUCUUUUCUUCCCUUUUUUUGGAAGCACCUUAUGGGUCCCUAAAAUUAUGAAAACAUUCUUAUGACCAAAAGUAAUGUUGGGUGCUAUUAGCGUUUUAUGAUUUGAUCUUACUCUGGUUUUAAUCAGAUAAUGAAGGCAGACUCUUGAACUUAAGCCUUUAACACCUAUUUGAGCACAUCUGUUUUUUUAAAAAUUGCCUUAGUUUUGUUUCCUUAAUCCAAUAGGAAUCCUUAUUUCCAGCAAGUCAUUAAUAUGGUGCAAGCGUGCACAUUUUAGGUCAAUUUAUUUACUUGACAGAUAAUCAGAAUGAAUUGUUUCUUCUAAGGCUCUUGUUUGGUUAGCACAGUUUUAUUUCACAUCUUUAAAAAUAAUUUGCUAAAGUAUUAUAAUUUGGAGAGAAUUCUAGGCACUUCCCUUCUUCUUCCCUUCAUUUCUCCCUUGUCCUUUGAUCUCAUCUUUCUAUUUUACUGUCAUUCUUGCAUUUCUCAUUCUUUCCACUCUACCUACUAAUCCUAUAAAUGAAGUCAAUGUGUUAUGAUUCUCUGGAAUUCAGGUUAAAGGGAGAAAAACUAUUGGAAAAUAUAUGUAGCAUCUAGAAAAUCUGGAUGGGCAAACUUUUCAGGUUGUGAUUAUUCAUAGAGUAAGAUGAGAUAAUAGAAUCCACCUUAAUAUCUUAGAGAAUUUUUAUCAGAGACUCAGGUAAUAGAUUCCUGGCCAAUUCAUGUAUGACUGAUCUGGUUUUCUUAGCUAUAUAUAAAGUAAUCGUUCUAAGAGUAGGUUAAGAUUUUGUUUUAAAUUCAAAGCAUUUCAAUCACAAAAUGAUUAUGUUUUUAGUAGUAGCACAUAAUUUUAUUCUAUUGAAACUUGAUAAUUUUUCUUAUAGUAAGGGAGAAUUAUUAUCUUUCAUGAAUUUUAGCACAUAUCAGCAUUUAGCUCAUGGUAAUAAUAUUAAACCCUAAUGGUCAAAUCACAAUAGUUUUAGGGGUUGGAUCAGUACCAGAAUUUCUCUCGGAGCAUGGAUUACAGAUAUAUUUUUGCUUGAAAACAGAAAAAAAAACAUUAAUUUCAUUUUCUUUUACACUUACCUGCUCCAUGUGAAAAAGGUUGCAGAUUCUGUUUUAGUUGGCCAACAUGGGUGGGACUUCUUUUAUAGAGAACUUAUACAAAAAUAUGUUUUUUAUCAAAACAUUAAAAUUAUUUUUAAAGUUACUAAAAGUUUUCCUCUAUAUUUCUGAUUUUUAUUUAAUUUGUAGCAGUCUCUAAUACACAGAUAGCUCUACUACUAGCCUUCAUUUAAAAAAUUGCUAUUCAUUAAAAAAGUUAUUCUACACAUAGAUAUGUAUACUAGAGAUAAAGGGAAAAUCUACAGCAGUGUAAUAUUUUAAGAUUCCCACAUGAAGUCUUCCUUACUAUAUGGUUGGGUUAAGUUUUCUAAGAUAAUUUGCUCACUUAGUGACAAGAGAAAAUCUUAUUUAUCUAACUGAUGGUCAUUACCUAAUAUUCUGAAGUAGAAGCCUUAUUAGGUAGCCACACAUGCAUUCAGUCAUAUGGCAGUGAACAUAGCUUCUAAGUUCAGUUCUCAAUCCUGGAAGUGGAAUGCUCUACUAAGAAUAAAACAAGUGUCAUUAUGUCAUCCUGGGUUUUGUCACCUGAACAUGGGUAGAGUGGUCUUGCUGACCCUAAACAUCAGUGUUAUUCCUAGAUACACAUAACCAUGGGAAUAUAAACAUCUGAAUCUUUUCUGUAUUUUCCUGACCAAUUAUCACAGAACUUAAACCUGACCAGUAUGCAGUACUGUUCACAAUAGUCCAUUUUGUCUCUGGAGCUACACAAAACCAGUGUAAAGUCUAAAUCUUUGCCUUUUUAGGCUUGAUAUCACCAACUCUUUCAGCUUUUCCUAAUUUAUCCACAGUCUCAACUCCCAUUACAGUUAGACCCCCCAAAAUUUUUUAAUUCUAUUUCAGUCUACUCAGUGAAACUUAGCAAUCAUUAUAGAUCAAGUCAGGUGAAAACACUUUCUUGGAGUUGAAAGUAAAUGGAAUUGGAAUCACCCAAAGACAAUUUCUUCCAAGGACUCAGACCUAGAGGAGUGAAAAGAAGAUAAGGCUAGAUUUCUCACAAGUGCCAAACAGCUCCGCUUCUUUAUAUUCUAUAUUGCUGUGGAUGAUACAAAAAAUCAGUCAUUCUGAAAAAAGGAAGGAAGCUAGUGCAUAUGCAUCUGUGAUAGUCCCAAUUUUGGGGCAAUUCAUAAAGUUACAUGUCUUUUCCUUUGUCCCUGGGUUCUCAAAAAUGAGACCUUUUUUUGUCCAUGUUCCUACACUGAAUUUGGAAGGAGAGUUCUUGACAUUUACAAAUUUUACAUCAAUACCUAUGGGUUGUUUGGCUUUCAGAUUCCCUUGUAUCCAUUCUGUGUGCCAGUGUUGUACCUAGAGAUGUUGCACUUUAGCCCAAGUAAUCAACUACCUUCCAUGAUCGAUUAUAUCCUAUCUAUAGAAGUCCAUCAUUUCUCUUCAUGUUUGUCCUCCCAGUAUCUUUAUCUCUUACUUACCUCAUCUUAAUAAUCAUUGACAAAUCACUAUAAGAGAAUCAGCCUCUGAGGAACUUCACUUCAGGCCAGCUACAGUAAAAUCAAACAGGUUAAUCUGUACUUGCCCCACAGGACGAACUGGGGCAUAAGGAAGCAUAAUUCUUUCAGUGCAGUUUUUACAGUGGCAUCUGUAAAGGUUCAUGGAAGGUAUGAAAUUUUAUGAGAAAUCUUGAAUUGAUUCGUGACUUGAUUUGGAAGUUGAAGGAAGAGUAAUAAGGCACAAUUGGAGUACACAGCUAUCUUCUAAGAAGACAUUCUGUCUUGGGAAAAUGUCCCAAGAUUCUGGAAUUUCUCCUUAACAGGGAAAAAAGUCUUCCAUGUAUUCCGGACCAGUAGGGUAGAAAAGGGGCAGAGAAAUGCUACUAAAAUCAUCUCAUGCCUCUUCAUCCCUUUUAAUUGGAAGAGAGUAUGAGUUGGCCAAAAUAAUCCACUACUGUAUGAACAGGAACCAACCCUCCGUGAACUUUACUGUAACCUAAAAAGUGUGCAUUCUUCCUGAUCUAUGCCUCCAUCCUCCACUCUUGCAGAAAAUAUACUUGUCUUUUGAACUUCCACAGAAGAACUCGUAGGGCACCUCUAUUUUCUUCACUGCCUCUAGGCACACAAUUAGAAAGGACUCCCCACUCCUCUGUUCUGCUGCUAAAAUUCCAUCACAGAUUCAAGACUAACUCAUAAUCCAGAAUGCCUGAAUAGUGCCUUCUUAGAGAAGCCCAUCUUCUCUUCAGGUCUUCCAUGUCCACCAUUACCCUUCGUUCCAAGCUCUCCUGACUUUAAAAUAGAACCAACCUUUGAGCUUAUGUUCUUCUUGGCAACAAAAACUAACCUUUGUUUUUAAGAAAUGCAUUACCUUUUUUAAAGAAAACUUUGUGUUUUUUAGCUGAAGAUUACAAAAAUCUUUAAACAUCCCUAAAAGUGGUCUAAAUCUUUCUCCAAGGAUCAGAUAUUAGAAUUUAUGAGUUGUAUUGUUGAUCGUACUUUCUUAUUCCGAAGACAAACUGUUCCGAUAGUUGUCAGAUAGCUUCAUGUAACCAACCCAUGCACAAUACAUUAAAUUAAUAUGACCUGCUGAUGAUGAUUUUAAAAGUGCUGAGAAAUGUCAGUGUGUAAUCUCCAGGUCUAACAAAGGAGAUUCAAAAGCAAAAUGUAGUGGAACUCUUCCAAGCAGUUCUUUUGUACAAACAAUAUUCUGGAAGGAAGGGAUUAUGCUAAAGCUUUAUAGAGGAAUGUAUAAAUUCUUCCAUUACUGACCUCGAUUAUUUUUUAGUUUAAUUAGUAUUCCUUAGUGUUUGGGAGGACAGAGACUGUAUUUUCUUCUACCCUAGCUUUGAACUGGAGAGCACUACAAGCAGAAUCUGCUGUCAGUCUCCUGAGCAGCACCUGGGGGUGGCUUUCUGAGCUGUAAAAUAAAAAUUCCUGAGAGAGCUUAACAAACUGCUUUCACACAUAAAACAGCCCUGGGAGGAAGGUUAUUAAUAGCCAGAUCCUAGAAGAGAAAGCUGAAGUUCAGAAUCGCUAAGUGGCUUGCCAAAAGCAAUAUAGCUGGUAAGUGGCAGGUUUGGGGAUGUGCCUAGGACUCACAGGGCCAGUGCUCUCUCAGAGGACAAUGCGCACUUCUCACAGACUACUGAACCCCCUUUCAGAAAUCAUCCAGGGAAAUGAGUAGAGCCCAUUUGGCUAUCAGUGGCGGAUCCAUAUGGGCACUGCCAUGCUUACGAUCAUUGAGAGCCCACACACAGCUUCUGUGUCAUUUUGUGGGAAACCGCGUGGUAUUGUGUGUGAUCAGCACUGUGAUGAAAUUGGUGGGGAAAGACCACUGUGGAACAAACAACUGGUGCAGAAGCACACGGCAGCAAAUUUCCCCAGAGAGAGUUGGUUUACAUUACAUUAACUGAAAACCUCUCCGAAACCACCGGGUCAGGAAUAUCAGCUGAGACCAUAUCAUUUCGAAUUCACUGUUGUGCCGAGGUGAAUGAUCCUUAAGACAAGCCUGUCUCCCGUGGGCACGAAGAGUCCACCUCAGAGGCACACGCUGCUGUAGGUAAACAGUGCAUAUUAGUCUCUCUGUGUCAGUCCGCAUUUACUGAGAGCCCACCAAGUGUAUAUGACGUUGAAGUGUCUGGACAAAUGCUAUGAGACCGAUGGCCUUUCGGAGAUCUGUCUUCUGUGAUUUCAUACACUGGCCUUCCCUGGCUCUUACAGUUCUGUGAUUAAUAUAUCCUUCUCACAAAGAGUCUGGUACUAUGUUGCUUCUAAAAAACACUUAGAGGCCUCCAUGUACACUGUAGGUCGAAGUUCACCAAGUGGAUGGUGAGCAUUUCUGGUCUUAGCUGCACCCCUCGGGAAGCUAUUCCUUUUGGUGUGUGCUCUUGGUUUUUUAUUUCCUUGUUUUCUCUCCUAGUUAUUUCCCUCAGUCAAAAUCUGUGAACUGAUUGAAUAAACAUCUUUUCUCCACAUUAAAUCUCCUGCAUUAAAUCUGAGAAGCCUUUGAAAUUAUCUAGUAACUUAUCUAGGUAUUUUUCCUGCCUAGUCUUCCAUCCAUGGACCCUGAAUCAUCAUUCAUCUGCUUUUUCCCUGGGAUUAAUGAGAGCCAUGUCCAGUAACAAAUGGCCUCUCACCUUUUCCCAGUCUUCUCAACUGAGGGACAGGAGACAUCAGCAGGACAUUCAGAGUCUAGAAAGGGGGUCUCCUGUUCUUGAGAAGGUUGGUGAAUGUUACAGCUGAAGGAAUAGGAAGCAAUUUUCAUAGCACAGAUGGGAUGCCCCACACUAGGGAUGGAUUAACAGAAGCAGCAUUCUGAGCACUUCUCAGAAUUAUGUGGCUGAGUACACCUGAGUAAAGACUCUCUUGGGUAGAACUCUGAUGUCAUAUUGGAGGGAAGAAAAAGACAAGAAGAGGUGAAUAUGAAAAAGCAGUCCUUUAAAAAUACUUUUAUUUUCAAAUAAAAUAAAAUCAGAGCCACAAACUCUGAUUUACCUUUCUAUAAUGUAAAAAAAAAAAUGAAAAACUUUCUUCCUCCAUCCUCCAUGAUAGUCCCCCAGAUUUAUGGAAAAUACAAUUGUGUUGUCUUUCAAACACACAUACACACAAUUUUCUGAGAAAGCAGAUUCUCUAAAAGAGAAAUGCUAUUUUAAAACACCUGGGCUUUUUAGGCCAGGAAAUUAAUAAUUCCUAGACCUGACCCAAUUUUGUUGCUGCCCAAAAGGAAAAGAGAAAGCUGUUUAAAUUUUGUAUAGUUCUGUUUAUCUCUUAAAAUACACCAAAGCAAUUUGAGAUGGGGGUGGGAUCUAAGGUAUUAAUCUCUCUUUCUUGAUUCCCUCUUCAUGUUUCUGUCUAUCAAGCAAAAGGUAAAGACCUAUUCUUGGACCAUUAUUAUUGAUGCAUUGUGCUGCUAUUUUGUAUAGUACCUGCUUUACUUCAUUGUGAGGCACAAGAAUAAUAGUUUGCUUUCUUAAAUCCAUUUCCUCCAUCAUGAAAGAAUAAGUAUUAAGACUGAAUACCUCUCCUCACCAAAUUAUUUAACUCCAUUUCUGAACUAGUGUAGAAAAUGCAAACUUUUUCUCAGAUGCAUUUCUGCUCCUCCUCCUCCUCUUCCUCCUCUUUCUCCUCAUUCUUUUCCCCUUCUUCCUCCUCUUUUCUUGAGAGAGGCUAAAUAUAAAGGGAAAACCUCCAGUUCCUUCUCAUCUUUAUUUCUCCUUGGGUGAUAGUGAUCCUCACUUAGUAAUUAUAAACCAGAAAUAGGAGAAUACCUUAGUCAAGUUAUGAUGUGUCUGUUCAACAUACUUAUUUCUGCAAAUACACACUUGGAGAAGAAAGGGGAUUUUCAUAAUGUAAAUACCAACAAUAGGAGUGGCCUCACUCAUAUUUUAACUGUGAAAUAACAAGUUGACAUUUGGGCAAUGUGUGCAUUUUACUAGCCCUGUCUGAUUUCUGCUUAGUUUCUACAAGAAUGGCAAAUGAGUCAGGGAUACAUUGCCCAAAAGUCACAGUGCCUUAGACCUCCCGCCCCAGGUAGCAAAUUGAAACUAGCAUAGACCUUGCCAUCCCUCUAGCUGAAGUAAAAAGUCUGAAUGGAGGUGUAUAAUUGACGAAAAAGAUACAGGACCUUGGAAGCUGAAUGUUAGCGUCAAUAUUUUAUGGCCACACAACAGCAAAAUCAUUUUUAAAUGACUUUAUUCCUUUUACUACCCAUUUAUUCCCCUGGGAAAGCUGAUGAGCAAAUUUUCUAAGACUUAUUUCCUCAUUAAGCAAAGUUAGAAUAUUUCCUAUCUAAAAACCUGAAUUAUGUCUUCAUUCUUUUUCAGAAAACAUAUCAAAGAGCAAGUAGAAUUAAAGAUGACACAUGACUGCCUUAUUCUUUAGCAUGAAUGAGAUUAUCAUAUAGUAUAAUGUGCCUUAAGUAAAAAUUUAAACUUAGAUGCAAAACCAUGACAGGUGGAUGUAGCAUUGAGUUCUUUGCAUGUUCUCUAUGCAGUGAAUUGCUUUGUUUUGUUUUGGGUUUUUUUGCUUUGUUUUGUCUUUUAACCUACACCUUUACAUUACUUUAACAGAUUUGGGGCUUCUCUCUCUACUGCUAAGUAUGGGAAUAUGUGCAAUUAUAAGAUGUACAAAAAAAGGAAAGGGAGAGAACUUUCUAAGUAGCAAAUCUGUGCCAAAAAGUAGAUGUGACAUGAAAAUUCAGAGCUUGAGGAUAGUAAUUUUCCCUGAGCCGUACACACAAGCUUUUAUUUCAUGGCUUUGUCACAGGCUUUUCUCCUUCUGUACCGUCGUCACCUUUGAGAAAAACGAUUGCACCUUCUCCAAGUCUGCCUUUUUAACAGCUUCAGUUGGGUUGGCAAGACUUCCCCAACUCUGAAUAUAGCCAUUUGCCGACUCUGGCCCCUUUGAAAGACUGACUCAAAUCUGUGAUCUUCUGUUCAGCAUACACAUCAGCAAAGUGAGAAGAUGAGCACUAAAUAUAGGCUCUAUUAACUUUACUUUUAGCCUUACUGCCUUUGAAAAGUGCCUAUUCUGAGAAACAUAAACGUUAUUCCUACAUAUGUAUGUACACACGGUACCCAGAGUCAUACUGCUCAGCCUUCAAAAACAUACCAUCAGAAGGAGUAGCUGCUGAGAGAUUCAGCCUUGCCAAAUGAAAGAAAGUCACUCAUAUCCUCUCAAAUGGCUACCAUGAAAUGGGAUACGAGCGCAUUCCCCGAGCAUUCCUUGCUGAUACAGCCACUUUGUGUUUUUACCCUGAGAAUGGUGGCAUAGUGCUGGGGUUUCUUGCAUUCCGCUGCAAAGAAAGAGCUUUAUGAGAUUGGAACAUGGAGUCAGGGAAAAAAAUGCUUCAGAGAAUUAAUAGAGCCAGGGUCUGUAUUAGGAUAUGCGUCAUAUGCGUAUUUUAUAAACAGCAUGGUGGGUUUAAAGUGUCAGCAUGUUUCUUUCUUCUUUUAUCUCUCAGGCUAACAUCAGAGAAAACUAAAGAAAAGACUUGGCUGUGGAGACUGGAGGCUCAGGGGGCCAAAUGUCCCUGCCAGAUCUUUAGAGCAUUUUUACUCUGACUCCUAAAAAUAGUACUACAUGCUAUUUUAUGGCUUUUGUCUCAUAGUUCUGUCGGAACUAUGGAUACUAUCGAUGAAGCAACCACGUAGCGUAGGAGGAUGAAUUCUUACCCAGUGGUGGGGAAAGGAGAGGGCCCAGGUAAAUGGGAUGAGGUAGACAGUACAGGAUUGUAGAAGAGUUGAAGGGAGGACAUGAUUUCAAAAAAGAUUGUUCUCAAUGUGUCGUCUGACUCAACCAGCUGGCAGAUUACACUUGCCAAGUCGCUCCUUUUUCUUCUAAGUCAGUUGGCUCCAUGUUCCCUUGAAUCUGCUUCUGUUUGAGGGAAGUGAGAUACGUCCACUUAGCCUUUCUCUACGGGAGCUCUUGAUGUCCUCUUGGUCAGAUUUGUCCUAUAGCCGACCCACUUUUUCCAACUGGAAGUAAAGGGCUCAAUCUAUGGAAGACAGAUCUGAUACCAUUGCAAUCGACCACACUUCUGCUUUCCACAGAUGGGUCUCCAGUGAACCAGCAGUGAGGGCAAAACGGAGCACUGUUGAAUCAUCCCAAGAGUGUGAAUGAGCUGUUUUGGUAGCCAUCAUUUUCUAAUAUGCAGGGUGUCCUUGGAGAAGGGUCGUACUCUUCACUGUGAACAUCUCUCCUGCUCGUGCUCCUCUUCUGUUUGUGCCUUAUCCGAAUUCAACACUGGUCAUUUUCUUUGCUUUCUUUUAAGGAAGGGGGAAUCAGCUUGGAUUGCUAGAAAGGAGUUCAAAAAACCUCUGUGCGAUAGCAUAAAUCAGGGAUGGCGAACCUUUUAAAAGACCGAGUGCCCAAACUGCAAUCCAAAACCCACUUACUUAUUGCGAAGAGCCAACACUGCCCCUGUGUGCACUGCUAUCCAAUGCUCAGCUGUGACAGAGAGGGCUCUGGGUGUCUGCUGUGGCACCCACCACCACUGUCAUAGACGAGUUAUGAUACCGAGGUUUUCCUCUUUGGAAAAUAAAUGGGCCAAGAAAGAUACAAUAGGGCUCUGAUCAUGGCCAUCAGAGAUAGUUUUCUGUAAAGGUUAAAUGAUGUCUACACAUGGAUAGAUCAAGGACAGGAAGGGACAGAAAGAAGCCAGGCUCUCUGUGCUAGCGCGUCUACUGAGUCCUCACUGCUAUGCACCUGUCCUAUCCAUCGCCACACUGAUCAGCUGCUGGUCUGAGUAACAUUGCCUGACUGAAGGAAAGCCGCACAAAAGCUUAAAGAAUAUGACUUUUUUCACAUGUGUGGCACUGACAGAAGCAUGAUAUUCUUAAAAUAUAGGUUUCUGGUUUUUAUUUUAUUUUGAGCAAAUUGCAUUUAAUCACUGCAUCAUGAACAAUCACCGACAGGUCCAAAAUAGCACACAUGCUUUCUUAAAAAAACAAGGGGAGAAAAUCUGUUAUAAGCAAGUGAUUUGGGUAUUUUCUUUUGUAUUUAUCCAUUAUCCUACUCUAUGAAAACAUGUUUUUAUUUACCUUCUAUCAGUUCUUUCUAUGAAUCAUGUUUUUCCAAAGCUCUGUAAGAAUGAAUAUGAAAAUGAUAUUCCUUUCUUUCUGUAAAAGAAUUGCAACUGCUUUAUUAUAUUUAGAAAUCAAAUAAACUCCUUAUUACAUUUA